GGCCCCGGGCCGUCCGCGCCCCCUGACCCGGGUGCGCUCCGCCGCCCUUUGCAGUACGUUCCGGUCAGGGGCGACCACGUCAUCGGGAUCGUGACGGCCAAGGCGGGCGACGUGUUUAAGCUGGACGUCGGAGGAAGCGAGCUGGCGUCGCUGUCCUACUUGGCUUUCGAAGGCGCCACGAAGAGGAACAGGCCCAAUGUGCAGGUGGGAGAUCUUAUUUAUGGUCGAUUCCUUGUAGCAAAUAAAGACAUGGAACCAGAGAUGGUCUGUAUAGAUGGCAGUGGAAGAUCAAGUGGAAUGGGAGUAAUUGGACAAGAUGGCUUUCUCUUUAAAGUUUCCUUAGGUCUAAUAAGAAAACUCUUGGCUCCCAAAUGUGAAAUAAUUCAGGAGUUGUCACAAUUGUACCCGUUUGAGCUGGUCCUGGGGAUGAAUGGAAGAAUAUGGGUAAAAGCAAAAACAGUUCAACAGACUUUAAUUAUAGUCAAUAUUUUGGAAGCCUGUGAGCAUAUGACUGCAGAACAGAGAAAGCAAGUGCUUGGCAAAUUUUCAGGGAACCAAUAAGAGAAAACCUUGAAGAUUUGUUUGAGAUGACUGUAGAGCAUUCUGCAUAUCUUUUGUAUUCACUUUUGUAUUAAAAGCCA